CUGGUCCACAUUGUCAGGCCAUUGUGGAACAGGUUUAUGCUCAUUCUCGGGCGGCAGUAAGGCGGGCGAGACCAUUAUGGGCGAGACCGAUUAACGGAUCCGUACCCGGAAGUGGGUGGUUGAGUCACCGACUGGUCACUACAGAUACUGCCUGCUGGGAUGAGGCAAAGAACCGGAGAAUCGCAGAGAUUGAUAGAAAUCUGAGAAACCGAAAAUCUCAGCCAUAAUUGAUCACACUAAAACACACGGCGCUGCCGUAUUAUUAAUGACCUUGGCAUAAACGGUAGAAAUAACACCUCGCCAAAAUGAUGGAAGAGAUACCGGUAGAUAGAUUUCAGGUGCCUAGCGCUGUUCAGGCGGAGAUGCAGCCGCUUGACCCGGCAUCGUCCACGGCUUCUUCGGAGGCAGACUCAGACACGAGGGAGGGCGAGCCAGUCACUAUUAACUACAAGCCCUCUCCUCUGCAGAUGAAGAUAGAGAAACAGCGAGAGCUGGCCAGGAAGGGAUCACUGAAGAAUGGCAAUGCAGGAAGUCCAGUGAACCAGCAGCCCAAGAAGAACAAUGUCAUGGCCAGAACACGGCUGGUGGUGCCCAAUAAGGGCUACUCCUCCUUAGACCAGAGCCCUGAUGAGAAGCCCCUGGUGGCCCUAGAUACAGACAGUGACGAUGACUUCGACAUGUCCAGAUAUUCCUCAUCGGGAUACUCCUCAGCCGAGGUGAGAUGUGUGAGGGACCAGCAAAUCAACCAGGACCUGAAUAUCCAGCUGUUGAAGGAUGGUUACCGGCUGGACGAGAUCCCUGACGACGAAGACCUGGACCUGAUCCUGCCCAAAUCUGUCAACCCCACCUGCAUGUGCUGCCAAGCCACCUCCUCCACCGCCUGUCAAAUCCAGUAGCCCACACAUCUGUGAGUUUACUCUGCCAUUAGAGCGGCGACAGAGAGCAUUGAUAGAAUAUGAUAAUUAUAUGAAAACAAAUAAUCAACUUAUCGGGCAGAAAGUUAAAUGUAAAAAGAAAAAAUAGAAAAAAAGGAAAAUUAAGACAAACAAAAAAAUGUUAAAAUACGACUAACAGUGAUUACUUCCUCCUAUGGUAGGACAUGCACUUCUGUUUGUGUUUGAGAUCUGGGAGGAGACACACUAGUCUAGGCCUCUCUGAUGCCUCUUCCUGGUCAAUAUUGUGUAAUACAAGCAAAAAUAAAAACAAGGUCAUUGGAUUUCAAAUAUAAUUUUCAUGUCCCUAAAUAGGAAAUAUUAUCUUAACUGCUGGUGAUAAAGCUGCUCUGCUUACUUGACUUUGUCAUAUUUAUCGCAUUUUAUUUAGUUCAUUUUUGUAGUUAUAUACUUUUUAUUUAAAGGAUCUGUAUGAUUGUAUGUACUGGGGUGUGUUGUAAAGAUGAAUAUCUGGUAUCUGAUACUGUAAUUUGGUCCUGAAAGCAGGGUUGUCUAGCACCGGCCUGUCUAGCAGACUCAUUCAGUCUACCUUGACACUCUUGCCCUGUUUCUUAUUGUACUGGUUGGAGGUAUUUAUGGUUUUUAGGAAUGAAUGCAUUGCAAAGGGAUGACAUUCAUGAUGAGCACCUACUGUAAAGGGAUUGGGAAAUGUAUCUGAAUUGGCUGUUUGUUCCCACAUCUUACACACUCUGCUACUUUGUCCAUUCUUCAUUGAUUUAUUACAUUUGAAUGUGUUAUUCUUGCACAUUUGAGUUUGUUUGGGUUCUAAGGUAAUAUGUGUAUGGUGAUUAAGGUGAUUGCUAACCUGCGAUGACCCUUAUUCAAGAGGAUGAUACAGCACUCUGUAUCAUUGGACUCAUUCUACAACACAAUACUUUUCCAGUUUGCUUACACAAUUCACCCCAGUAGAGGCCAAAGGGAACAAGUGGUUUUGUUAAGUAAAAGUAUAAGCCAACUUUAGAUAGCUUUUUUAGACAUCCUACCAUGCCCCUCCCACAAUGUGUCUAACUAACCACUCCUGCUAUCUUGAUUGGCACAAUCAUUCUAAAUAGUGUCAAUAGAGCAGACACGCAGCAGGGGGUGGGAUGCAGUUUAUUUUCCUCUCGUGAUUGGUUGGAAAGUGAUCAAAGGAUCAUAAGUAUCAUUAACUUUGAGUACUAAUCCCUCACUGAGUCCUUCACUCGACCAACUCAGAGUUGAUUUGCGAUUAGAGUAUGCCUUAAAGUAAAGAAUAUUCAAACAAAAUGUGUGUAUUUAUUGCCAGUCUCAUGACCUAAUGUAUUUUAAAGGGAUUUGCAGUAUGAAUGUACGCAUUUAAUUUUUUUCAGUUAGACAGGUGAUUAUUAUGAUUUAUUUUACUAUUGUGUUCUCAUGUAGACACUUACAUUCUAGUAUUUAACAAUGUUACUGUCCUGUGUAGUGUAUAACAUCAAUAAACACAAAGCCAACUGAACCUGCUUGGGGUGUCUACUGCAUACUGGGGAAUUUUUCUAAAUGCAUUUCUGUAGCCAGGUGCAUUGAUAAUGUAGCAAAAACUCUCUCACAGGGUGACGGCAGGUAAUAAGUUCAUUAGAAAUCUAACAAUGAACAUGUAAUGGAAUACACUGUUGAAAUAAGUAAGCGUACUAAGUUCAUUAGCAAUCUAACAAUGAACAUGUAAUGGAAUACAUUGUUGAAAUAAGUAAGCCUACAUGCUGACUGGAAUGUAUUUAGCUACAUAAAAAAAUGCAUAUGGGGAAAAAAGAAUGGAUGAAAUUUGGCCUACAAAAUGAUGACACCAUCUUGGCUCCCUAUAAAAUGACGCAACCUCACAUAGAUCAUACUGAUGUACAAAGAAUUGUUUUAAUGUUAAAAAUAUCUGACAUAAUUAACUACACAGGUAUUUACAGUGAGCAAUACUAUCAUAAAUUAGUUAUCCACAGGUUGACAGAUGGAGCUUCAGACUUUCAGAAAAUUAGAACAACUUCAAAACGUCCAAGAAUACUGAGCAUGAAUUCAAUCUGAAAGGCACGAAGUAUUACACAAUCCACCAUAACAAUAAAAAAAUAAUGUACAAAGUUCAAAAAAUGUUGCAAUACUGCAAAUGUUGUAAUAGUAAUCUAAGCUGCAACACACAACUUUACAUUCUAUUUGGAUAGUUUCAGUUGGCAAUUUGACACCUAUCUCAGUUGUACAAGUAACCCGUCUGUGACUUGGAACACAAAUUUCACUGCACUGCUUUGUGUUAUAACAUAACCAUAAUUUAGGCAAUUCAUUAUCAACUACUAGCACACACACACACAACUACCAAGGUGAUUUAUACCAUUACAUUAUGGAGCACUUUAAUAUAUAAGGCCUCUCAUUGUCUGGUAGUGUAAAAACAAAAU